AUGUGCAACUUCGCGCCGGACCGCGGGCUGGUGAAGAACACGCGCGUCGUCGUGAUGCACAUCGGGAAGCGCAUCAUCACCGUGCGCAUCCUCCGCGGGGUCGCGGGCGUGAGCACGGUCGACGCGGAGGACGUGCUGAUCUCGCGCAUCCCGUUCACGACCGUGCUCGAGUCCGGGCACACGCUCGUCCGCCGCCAGUACCCGCUCGCGCCCGCGUACGCGACGACGUUCAACAGCUGCCAGGGCCUCACGCUCGACGUCGUUGGCGUGGACCUCACGCGGCCGGUGUUCUCCCAUGGGCAGCUGUACACCGCGUUGUCGCGCAUCCGUCAUCGGACCCAUGCUAGGGUGCGCGUGCGACGGGGCCAGACCAAGACCAGGAACGUCACAUACCAUGAAAUCCUACCUUAG